AUGGUCAAGAUCGAAGAUUGUGAUGGGGAUGGCGCCGCCGACCCGCCGCAGCCCAAUCCGGCUCCGGCACCCACUGCCGUAAAGGCGGAGGAGGCGAUUGAUGAUGGUCAGCCAGGCUCUUCAUCCAGCUAUUUAAGGUCACACUUUAUUGGUAUGGGAUUUUCACCGAUACUGGUUGACAAAAUGCUUCAAAAACAUGGUGAUCAUGAUUCUAACACUGUAUUGGAGUCACUUUUGUCUCAUCAUAAUUCUGGAUCCGAAUCGUCAAGUUCGUUAGGCAGUCUCUUUGAUUCUGACAAUGAAGAAAACAGUUCUAAACAAGAUAUCAAGCCGGAGCCAGAUUUUUUCUCAGAAAGGAGGUCAUAUUUACUCCGCACAAUGAACUUCUCUCAGACGGAAGUCGAUUUAGCAUUCGACCAAUUAGGUGAGGAUGCACUACUUGAUCAGCUUGUAGAUUUCAUUGUCACUGCUCAGGGAGGAGUAUUAUCGGGAGAUAUGGAAAAUGGCCAUGCUACAAAUGAGGUAAAAGCUGAAUCAUUGUUUGGGGUAAUGGAUAAAACGCUUCAUUUGCUUCAGAUGGGUUUUACCGAGGAAGAAGUGUCAUUGGCUAUUGAUAGCUUCGGUCAGGAAGCAGCGGUUCAGGAGCUUGCUGACUCAAUUUUUGCAAGACGUAUUGCCAGUACCAUUGAGCAGAAACAGGUGAAAAUUGAGUCUGAAUUUCUAGGGGAGCAAGGGGACCAAGAAACUGAAUAUUCAACAUAUCAUCAGAGGUUGAACUAUUAUGAUGAUGACGAUGACAACAAAAGAGUUAAAAAGGCCAAGCAUAUAUUCAGAGAUGAUAGAGGAGCCUCAAGUAGUCAUGCUGUCAAUCAACCUACUCCAUGGUUAAGUGGCGGUGUUGGGUCAGCUGGUGAUGGUUAUUUGAAGGAAGAAGAUUAUGAAAUGACAUCGGGCCCUCAUGCAAAUGUCCGUGGCGACCUUGCCAAGCCUCCCUUCUUCCUCUAUGGAAAUGUUGUUAACAUCACCAAAGAUGCGUGGUCUGAAAUAUCGGGUUUCUUGUCCGGUGUGCAGCCCGAGUUUAUAAAUAGUCAGCUUUUCUCGGCUUUGAUGCGAAGGGAAGGUUACCUUCAUAACCUUCCAACAGAGAGAAGGCAUGUUGCGGUUCCAAAGUCACCAAUGACAAUUGAGGAUGCAGUGCCUUCCGCAAGACAUUACUGGCCCACAUGGGACACCAGAAAACAUAUUGGUAGUGUUACUUCAGAGGUGGCAGGAAUUGAACAACUUUGUGAGAUGUUGGGAAAGACCAUAAAAGAUUCACGAGGAUUUCUUUCAGAAGAAAAACGAGCGCAGAUCUUGCACCAAUGCAAGAUGGCAAAUCUUAUCUGGAUUGGUCAAGACCGGCUAGGCCAUCUGCAGCCAAAUCAAAUGGAGCGGAUAUUAGGUUAUCCAUCAAACCAUACAAAUCUGUUUGGCCUAAACCCACCGGACAGGAUUGCUGCUAUGAAAUACGCUUUUCAAACGGACACCAUUGCUUAUCUUUUGUCAGUUCUAAAAGACAUCUAUCCAGAUGGUUUGAGGGUACUAUCCAUCUAUAGUGGAGUUGGGGGUGCAGAAAUUGCGCUUCAUCGUCUCGGUAUUCCACUAAAGUGUGUAGUGUCUGUUGAAGAGUCUGAUGUGAACAGGAAAAUUCUGAAAAGAUGGUGGGCAAAAACAGAGCAGAGCGGAGUUCUGAGACAACUAAAUGGCAUAUGGAAGCUAAAGACCGAUGCACUUGAGGACCUAUUUAAGGAAUUUGGUGGCUUUGACUUGGUUGUUGGCGGAAAUUACAGUUCAUAUAGAGGUGGGACAACAGUAAACGCAACUAUGGGGAUGGACUCCGGUAAAUACUUUGAGUACGUUCGUGUUCUUCAAAGAGUGAGAAGUAUGCAGCACUUUUAUAAGUAG